UUCUUUUCUUAAUAAUCGAGAUUCGAGUGUCUUUUUGAUGUGACGAUGGAGGCUCUGUUAUAUGUAGUGUUAUUGUCUGUUGUAAUCGCUAUUCUUUUGUUUAUUCUAUUUGCUCUACCUUCUUUUUUUUCAUUUCGAUUGUUAUUUCUUCUUCAAAGUUCAAACCAUUAUCUCCACCACCACCAGCCCUUGAUAGUGUUGAUUGUAAAAGUUAAUUGUUACUGUUAGAUUUCUCCUUUUUCUUGCACCUUAAUUUGAUUUGAUUUGUAUCAGAUUGGUUUUAUUUGUCGUAAUAUUGUUUGUUUUUUUCUUUAAAUUUGAUGCACAGACGGCUCAGCGAGGUGUAUGGCAACUUAGCAACUGCAAAAGCUAACUGUGAAUGUGGGUUAUUUUUCAGAUACACGGAAAUUAUAAACACCCGCCGCAAGGCGCGGGCCUCCGUAGUUCACUCGUUAAAGACUCAGAAUUUGAAUGCCCUUUGGACGUUAAUCAUGCUAUUGAAAAACCGCUGCUUCAGAGCCCUAAAAGCUCCAAUCUUUUCCCUUUCACUCCAAACCAAGAAACUUCCACACGCAUACACCCAGAAGCAGAGUUAUGUGGAUGUGUACAUGCAGUGGAAGAAAGACCCAUACUACGACUCCAUUGAGCAUAUAUACAGGUCUAUAGAGCUCAAGCCCAUCAUUUCUUUGAAGAAUUGCAUUGCCCAAGACCCCAAUGGCUGCAUCCCCAUCUCUGCAGUGUCUAAAAGGGGCUUAGAAUUUGGUGUAUCUAUCAAGGUUGUUAAAUUUUUGAGGCAAUACCCAGCAAUCUUUGAGGAAUUUACAGGCCCCAAUUACAAUUUGCCUUGGUUUAAACUUACCCCAGAAGCUGCGGAGAUUGAUAGAGAAGAGAGAAGGGUGUAUGAGGAUUGCAGGGAGGAUUUCAAAGAUAGGUUAAAGAAGUUGAUAUUGAUGACUAAGGAGAAGGUUUUGCCCUUGAAAAUAAUUCAGGGCAUGCAGUGGUAUUUGGGAUUGCCAGAAGAUUUUUUGCAUCAUGUAGAAAGAAAUCUCGAUGGGUCUUUUAGGUUUGUGGAGAUAGGAGAUGGGUUAAGGGGAUUGGCUGUUGAGAGUGAGAAUAGGGUUUUGUCUCUGUUGCAAAAAACUGUGAUGAAGAAAGGGAUCUAUUCUGGACAGCCAAUGGAGGCAAUUGCCUUUCCUUUGUUUCCAUCAAAAGGUUUGAGGUUGAGGUGCAAAAUUGAGAAUUGGUUAGAUGAGUUCCAAAAGCUUCCAUAUGUUUCACCUUAUGAGGAUUAUUCACGGUUGGAUCCAAGUAGUGAUAUAGCUGAGAAGAGGGUUGUGGGGUUUCUUCACGAGUUGCUUUCUCUGUUUGUUGAGCAUUCAGCUGAGAGAAAGAAGCUUCUGUGCCUUAAGAAGUACUUUGGAUUGCCGCAGAAGGUACACAAAGCGUUUGAGAGGCAUCCCCAUAUGUUCUAUUUAUCUUUUAGAAACAAGACUUGUACUGCAAUUCUCAAGGAAGCGUACAAUGGUAAAUCAGCUAUGGAGAAGCACCCAAUAUUGGGGGUGAGGAAGAAGUACAUUAAGUUAAUCAAGGAAUCGGAGGCUCUAUUGAAGAAUAGGAGGCUGAAUAAUCGGGUUGUUGAAAGAGGGAAGUUGGACCUGGAUUUGGAUAAUGUGGAUGAAAAUGAAGGGGAGAUGGCAGAAGGCACUUUGUAGACUGGAUUUUCCCAAUUUCCAGGGGAUUAGUUAUGAGUUUUAGCCUUUGGCUUAUUGGUGGGUUUAUUUUCUGACAAUCUUGGUGUCACAAGUUUAUACAUGAGAACAAUCUGCAAUGCCAGCAGAAGCUAUGUGCUGUGGGUUGCCCUUUACCAUUAGAUGAUAUAUAUUUUCAUGGAGGUAUGGAGAGCACUUACAAGAAGAUUUUACUUGAGAUAAGUUUGCUUGCAAUUGUUUAAGACAGAUGACAUUUGGAAGUUGCGCUCAAGUAUUUUGUCAUGGCCAUUGUCAGAGAGAUGGCUCUGCGAGGUGUUGCAAAAGCCAACUGUGAGCUACUGUGAUUGGGGUGGCAGUAGUAGGGGUAUCAGGUAUCGUUUUGGAGCCAGUUUGCAUCUUCAGACAUACUUGUUAACAAAACUGAAAAGAAUGUUAGUCUUAAAGAUAGUCUCUGGCAAAUGUUGUAGAGGUUGCAUCAUUAUUUGUUGCGCAUAUGGUGAUUUGAUCUGCAUUUUCGUGCACUUUAGUUUGAUGUGCUUUUCUGUUUAUCUCUCGAGUUAAUUGCUCCAUGUUUCUCCUCUCCCUUUGUCCCACUUUAGAGUGUGUGGAGUUACUGGAAUAUGUUUUUCCUUCUUAACUUUCUUUGCCUUUCCUAUCUUUCCAUAGAUCCAAGUUGUCUUCCAAUAAAUUUUUAGUUUAUAAGAAAGCUGAACAAUCUAAUGCGAUGAAGAGAACACUGGAGAUAUCAUCCUUGCAGUGCCACAAGAUGACUCUCUUAUCAGGAAAUUUUCAUCGUAUAAAAUGUGCCAUUUUGUUUGGGGCUAGACAACUUCAAGAGAUCUUCCAGCUACCAGGUGAAACUCAAACAGAACAGGACCAUUAUGCUUGAUAACAUUGAAGACAGGCUCCUUGUGCCUUUUAUGUUCUUCAAAAUCAUUUGGAUCAGCACAGACAAGUAGACGAGCUCUGAUAUUGAAGCGAUCCUAUAUAUGUUUUGAGCGAAGCAUGGUGCCUGAUAGUAGGGAGACUCUGUUCCAUCUUGGUUCAUAGCAAUGACUUCCUUGCUGUCUUAUAAUCUCAACAGAUCAAAAGAGGGGCCUGCAAAUUCUAGUUCUAAAAGAUUGAUUAGCUAUUCAUUGCUACUAAUCCAUAACUUUCUAUGUCAUUAUUAUCUGCAGAAUGUGAAAAACUCUACUUAAAUAUAUGCCUUUUCAGCGUCA